AUGACGGCCAUGUACUUUGCGAUCACGGUGAUGUCCACUGUCGGACUGGGAGACAUCAACAUGAGCCUGUCCAACGAAAGGGCCCUGCUGUGCGUCAUCAUGGCCACAACCAGCUUGGUCGUAGGUGUCGCCGUGAAUGGGGUCGCGACGAUCGUGUCCAAGCUCAGCGAAAGAACAGCAGCAAACAUGGAACAGCUGGCACAGGUCUCGAAGUUCUUAAAGGUCUACAGAGUUCCUAGGGAGCUGCAGUCGCGGGUUCACGAUUACCUACUGCAAGUCUUCGAGAAUCGGGAGCGCGAAGAGACCAAGUCCAUGCUGAUGGGAUGGCUGAAGAAGUCAGAAGUGCUUCGGACGAAAGUGAACUUGGCUUUAACAGGAACUUGCUUGGUGCAGCACCGCUGGUUGAAACUACUUCCGCCUGAAGUCCUGGCAAACGUUUGUGACCUCUGUGACACGGAGUUUCAUCCUCCUCAGCAAGAGCUCAUCGCCGAAGGUGCUAUGGUGAAGACCUGUUUUUAUAUCCGAAGUGGCUUGGUGCAAACCAGCAAUCGAGCGGGGGGGCAAGCAUGGGCAGCCACCUCCAGCGAUGAUACCGAGGAGAGCGAUGAGAUCCAGAAGGAAAUCGAGGCGGCUGACGCAGCAAGUCCCGAUGCGAGGCUGCAAGGUGGGGCCUUCAUCGGCGAGUUUCGGCUCUUCUUGGGAGUGAGCCGGAGCUUGAAGACGGUUACGUGCAUUUCCUUUUGCGAGCUCAUCUCCAUCGACGUGUCAAAGUUCGAGUCCUUGAUGAGCGAAGCGAUGCCCGAGCUCUUUGACAUACUUGUGAUCUAUGCUGCAAUCGACCACGAUUGUCCCAAGGCCAUGCUCCACUGCCUGGAGCAGAACGGCAUUUCUCCGGAGAUGCCCCUGCUCUUCGGUGAGGGUGUGCUUCACCACUGCGCCAAGGUGAACGCCGCGGCUUGCGCGGAGCAUCUCAUGGGGGACCUUGGCCAAGACGCAGCCCAGGCCCGGGAUCAAGAUGGCAGGACGCCAGCACAGCUGGCCGCAGCCCUGAAGCACAAGAAGGCCUUCUGGGCAAUGAUCCAAGGCAGUGGGAGAACCAGGGUAACAGAUGUCGACGUGCUACCCAGGGAGGCACGAACGGCUCGUGGCAAGAACAGCCAAGCGAUUGCGCUGGCACCCUCGGCAUGGACGGAUCGAGACCAGGAGCCAUACACGAUGGCAAGGGUCCAACAGCUCUUUGCUGCCUGCAACCGAAAUGGCCUCGCUGCUUCUACAGGAGAGAGCUCCAAGGACAUGGAGGAUUUGGUGGAAGAGCUGAACACCUGUCAGAGUGAUCUUCUUGUCAUGAAUGUCCGGGGUGGCAUGCAACAAACACUACUGCGGCGGUUGAGGUUAGUGAGGCUUCGCUUGCUGGCCGUCAUCGACGACAACGUGCAUGCAUUGGUGGAGCUUAAUUCGGACGCAUGGUUGAGGGCACGGGAUCAGAAGUUAGGGAAGCUCCCCUACCGUCGCAUGCACAAGGGCGAGACGGAGGAGGAAGCUACGAAAAAGCUGAUGCAAGAGCUGGGCAUCUCGGUGUAUUUAUUCGAAGAGGAGCUCAUAGUACCCAUCACGAAGUCAUGCUAUGCCGAGACCAGGACGUCCAUGUCGUACCCAGGCUUGGAGACUGAAUACAUUGUCUACGAGUCGACAUGGAAGGUCCGCGCGCAGGCCUUACACCGGACAGAAGAGAUUGGUCUACCGAACGGCCGGCCCUUCCAAAAGGAGUUCUGCACUAAUGCCUUCCGGGUGGUCACCAGGCAGCUCUUGUGGCCAGUCCUCGUCAACUUCACUCUCAACGAAAAGCAUGCUGAUGAAAGGGGUGGUGAGAACAGCUGGGCUGUGAAGGGGCUCUCUAGAAAACAGGCCCAACAGGACUGA